GUUAAUAUGGCUGGAUCCGAUCGUCGGAGAGCGCCUACAACUAUACUUACUUCCACAUCUACUCCCACACCUGAGGCUGAGCAUGUGACCACACCUACUGCCACACCCGAGUCAGAGCCUACUCCCACACAAACUCCCACAUCUACUACCAAUUAGUCAUCGAGUACAUCUUCUAGCACAUCCAAAAAAGGGCGUGGUAUCAGUCGGGGCGUAAAAUUGAUCGCAUAUAGGGCUAAAGGUGGUCUUAAACCACAUAUUACUUUCCCAGAGGGAAAGUAUUGGCCCAUGGUGGUUGGUCUAAGAUUUUCGGGUUGAUGGUGGGUGUUAUAUGUCGAGAGCAUGCUCGUAUGACUUGUGGGACUUGGUCACACAUGGAAUCGGCCGAUAAGGCCACACUUUAUCAUCAUAUUCAAGACAAUUUCGUGAUUGAUCUUGACAAUUCUCGCAUCCGAAAUGGACUUGACAAAUGGCUUGCAGCUCGAUUUCGAUCACAUAAAAAUCGCAUGCACAUGCAUUUUAAAUCUUUCGGAGAUGAUGUAGAGAGGGCUAGGAGAAAGCCUUAUAGAAAUGUUCGUCCUGGGGAUUGGCAAGCUAUAUGUGAAAAUUUCAUGACCCCGACAUUCCAGAAUAAGAGCGCUGUCAAUAAAGUAAACAAGGCAAAGAAUCUAACAAAUCACCGUGGUGGCUCAAAACCCUUUGUCACACUUCGCUAUGAAAUGCGAAACAUGGAAACAGAAGAAGAACCAGACAUGGUGACAUUUUAUCACCGAACACACUGUAGGGAGGAUGGGACAUGGGUCACCCAACAUUGUCAGGGUCUCUAUGAUAAAAUGAUUCAAGAGGUCAAUUAACAAGAAAAUUCGGAUGGUGUAUCCAGUUCCUCUACACAGUUGACCCGUAACGAGAUUUACAUUCAAAUAGUUGGUUCAACCUCGUCGUAUGUUCGUGGGCUUGGUCAUGGGGAGAUGCCCACUGUCUUUUUAUGGGGAAGUCAUGAAGACGUUGUUGAGGCUAGGCGUAGUGCUGAUGAAGCAAAUCGAAGGGCUGAUGGGGCUGAUGAGGCAAAUCAAAGGGCUGAAGAGGCAACACAAAGGGCUGAAGAGGCAAAUCAAAGGGCUGAGGCAAUAGAACAGCGAUUGGGGGAUCAAAUCAACUUGUCCAAGGUAACAGAAGAAAGAAUGGGGGACCAAAUAAGCUCUUUGCAGGCUCAACUCACAUCUUUACAGCAUUGGUGCAGCAAGCUUUAGGGGGCUCAUCAACUGGGGAGGCUCAUCGUCUUGCUUAAUUGCAUGUGGUUGGGAUUAUCUUUUUGACUUUUUGUUGCAAGACCCAGUGGCUAUAUUUUUUUUUGUUUCAUUCGGCUCAAAACAAACUCACUUUUGUACUUUUGGUUCUUACAAGGGAUUGUAUUUAUGGAUCUCCCAUCUCCCCAUUGUUGGCAGGUUACAUGUAGAUGAUAUUAUAUGUUUUUUUUGUUUCAUAUGGGCUUAGGAAAAAUUCACUUAUGUUUUAACCAAAAAAAAAAAAUUUCACUUAUGUUUUAACCAAAAAAAAAAAAUUCACUUUUGUACUUUUGGAUCUCCCAUCUCCCUAUAUUGUUGGAUAUAGGUUUAAUCAUUCUCUAUGUAUAUGAAUCUCGUCUUGAUCCCAUAUUUGGAAUAUGUAUGGAUGAUUGGAUAUAUGAAAUAGUACUUUACCUUUUCAUUUGUAAAA